ACAGGUCCCGAACCUCUCUUCCUGACUCCAUACAUAGAAAACUGCACUUACUAUGAAGCAAGAAAUAAGAGUGAAUUACCUUACUUUAAAACACAAAACAUCACUGCUUACUCUGGUUACAUCACAGUGAAUAAAACAACCGACAGCAAUAUAUUCUUUCUCCUGACUGAACAAAAGGAAAACUCAUCUUCUGCACCACUUUUACUAUGGACACAAGGCGGACCAGGCCUAUCAGCGCUAUUCGGUCUCCUCCUCGAAAACGGACCCUUAGAGUUUGAUCUAGACCCGAAAGGAAAUGCAAGUAUACGCCCAAGACUUAACACGCUACAGAGCAACAUGAGCAUUCUCUACGUGGAUCUUCCAGUGGGGGCUGGCUUCAGUUUCACAAAUGACACAGAAAACGGGUACCCAAAGACUCUUGAGGACAUAGUAGAUCACGUCAAAGAAUUUUUGACACAAUUUAUGAAAGUAUUUUCGGAAUACCAAGGCCGGGACCUCUACCUUGCUGGAGAGUCAUACGGAGCAAGGUAUUCCGUUGCUGUAGCGAACUACUGGAAAGAUAAAGCUGUGAAUGACACAGGAUUAAAUCUCAAGGGGAUAAUCGGAGGCAAUGGAUUCCUCGGCCCAAUACUGGACGUAGCCGACUCCAGCGACUUCCUCUACCAGACGUCAAUGCUCGAAAUGGAAGGGUACAAACAAUUUAAAGAACAGUUUCAGCAGAUGAGAAAAUUUGCUGCAAAUCAGACCACUGCAAUGUUUGCGCUGAAGAUGCUUUUAGAAACCAUAUUUACCAGCAACACGAAGCCGACACUCUUCCAGAAUCUCACGUUAUACAGCGACCACGCAAGCCCCCUCUUCACCCACAGGCCGUUCCGUAUGUUAGCUUGCUAUGUAUUUUUAAAUAACAGCAUUAUCAAGGGAUUGCUGCACGCUGGUAUGAACAACACCUUUCAAAUCUACAAUGAAGAAUUGUUAACGACAUUUGCAUCCGACUGGAUGAGAGAUAUUAGCACUUUCAACGAACACGUGCUUAACACAUCCAGUGUGCUCUUAUAUACUGGACAACUGGACGCACUCUUUCCAUCAGUGAAUCAGCGAAAUUACUAUAAAACGUUGAACUGGAGCCACGCAGAAGACUACAGACAAGCUGAGCGUUACCCUUGGACGCCAUACGACGGGUAUUACGGCUUUGCGGGCUAUAUGAAGACAGUGAACAAAGAGAAAACGUUCACAGAAGUUGUCAUAUUAGGUAUGAGCCACUACGGUGCCGUUGAGAAACCUGAUGAAACAUACUUCCUGAUUAAUGAAUUUAUUGCCAACAUAUCGAGAGUUCCAAGUGCUCCAGCAGCUUCAUGACAUCACGCAAGAUAAACAAAGUGUGAGUGGCUAAAUAAAGUGGUUUCUUUUCAGAGUUG